ACUGGGGCACAGACUGUGUAACACAUGUAUUGUAAUGCAGAGUGUUGAACGCAUUGGUCAACAGUGCUUCAAUUUGCAAAUUCAUAAUCUUUUUGCUAAGUGGUUACAGUGAGAUUUUCAGCCUUUUUAGAAAUGCCUCAGGGAAAGAAAAGAACUUUGGAAAAAAAUAAUCACAAUGGUACAAAGCCAAAACGCUUGAAAGUAACCCAUGAUUCACAUGGAUCAGUUCAUGGCGUGGUGCUUGCAUGUGGGCAAGGAGAUGUGGGUCAGCUAGGCCUUGGUGUUGAUAUAACAGAGAGGACCAGGCUAGCAUAUGUUGAGAUCCCUGAUCCUGUUAUCCAAGUGUGUGCUGGGGGCAUGCACACAGUGUGCCUGACCAACACUGGACAGGUUUUUACAUUUGGGUGCAACGAUGAAGGUGCUCUUGGCCGUGAUACAAGUGUUGAAGGCUCAGAUGCCAAACCUGGAAAAGUUAACAUCCCUGCUCCUAUUGUCAUGGUAACAGCUGGUGACAGUCAUACGGCAGCCCUCACAGAUGAUGGCAGAGUUUAUGCUUGGGGAAACUUCAGGGAUGCCAAUGGAUCUAUGGGACUUACUACAAAUGGGAUUGAGAAAACACCUUUUGAGUUGAUUCAGGAAGAAGUUAUUGUCAAGAUGGUUUCUGGCAGUGACCAUUUAGUUUGUCUUACUGACAGGGGGGAUCUUUUAUCUUUGGGGUGUGCAGAGCAGGGUCAGCUUGGAAGAAUUGCAGAAUGCUUUGCGACGCGCGGCGGUCGUAAAGGACUUGAUAUGAUUCUUUCACCUGGCCGAGUAAAAGUGAAACGUUUUAAGACUCGUAAAAUGGCACAGUUCUGUGACGUGUGGGCCGGAGCUUAUACAACAUUUGCUAAAGAAAAAGAGACUGGAGAUAUAUAUGCCUGGGGUUUAAAUAACUACUAUCAACUAGGAUUCAAUGAUAUGGUUAACCGGUUUAUUCCUGAACGUGUGACAUCAUUCUCUGAAAAAGGCUCAUGGUCAAUGCUCAGUGGUGGUCAACACCAUACAGUUGCCCUGGAUUCUAAAGGAAAAGUUUACACCAUUGGUAGAGAGGAUUAUGGGCGUCUGGGUCUUGAUAAAAACUGUGGGGAGAAACAAGAGCCGACGUUGGUCCCUGCCCUGCAGGAUUUUACCUGUGUCAAUGUAGCAGCUGGAGGCUGUGUUAGCUUUGCUGUAACAAAUGAUGGUACCCUGUACUCAUGGGGCAUGGGCUCCAACAACCAGUUGGGCUCAGGUGAUGAUGAAGACCAGUUUGUUCCCACCAAGGUUGCAGGCAAACAGCUUGAGUCCAGGUCCGCUGUUAUGGUGUCAGCUGGAGGUCAACAUACUGUGGUGCUGGCCAAGAGCAUUGAGAAUGGUGACACUAAUCACUGACAUUAAGGACACUUGUUAAAUGUUAGCUUCUCUUCCAAUAUGUUAUCUACUUUAUACUUAAAUUAUGUUCAAUUUUUAGCAACUGCUGUUAUCUAACUGCCAGAAAAUGCACAUUUUAUUUUGUUUUAAAAGUUUUACGGCCAUGUUUAAAACUCAGUAUUGCAGUCAUUGAUGCUGAACAUUGCCGCAAGUAUGUUUGUUAUCAGUUCUUUUGUUUUGGAUGCCAUGACUAGUGUUAAGGGUAGAUAAUCAGUGCUGAUGACUAGUGUUAAGGGUAGAUAAUCAUUGCUGAACUGUUGGUCACCUGGCCAGGUGCUCAACCAUCUACAGAACUGAUAAGGUUUACAUCUAAUGCUCAAUGUCAGUGGUUUCAAGCUAUUGGGUUAUGUAAUAUAGCAUGACUUUAAUCUCAGUUUUGAAAACAUUAUCAUAGAUCUAAAGUAAUAUGAACUAGUUUACAUCGCUCUGUCGUUGUGUCAGAUCACUAUUAUUUUGUUGAAUCUAUAACUAAAAUGAAAUGUGCUCAGGUUUUAGAACCUACAUUAAGGAAAAUACCUGAGAUAAUUUGGUUUGUUUGAAUUUAAAUUGUGCAAGCCUCAACAUGUAGCUUUUAUAUAUUUUUAAGCACCAUUUUAGUCCAAUAAAAAAUUUUAAAGCCCAAAAUAAAUGAUUGAUAAAAUUUCUAGAAAUAUCUGUGUUGUUUGAACUGUUUAACUUAUUCAACUUAUUGAUUUGUAUUGUAUGCUGUUUAAAUCCAACUAGUUGUUUUAAAGUUUGCUAUUAAGAUAGCAUUGUGUAUUUUAAAAGAUUUUUAACUGCUGUUUUAAGCUGAUGUUGAACAUUUUAUGCCUGUGUGGAUGUGUGCUCUCUAUGCCAUUAUGUUCAUGUACAGAGAAAUAAAUU